UCGGUUCUGUUCCAGAGGACGUUUGUCACCUGGUGCCGGAUCGCCGCGGGGACGCGGGUUCGGGUGCCUCCCCCUUGCCGCGGCUUCUUCCAGGACGGUGAACACCCCUGGGAUCGCUGCUGAUGGGGUGAGAUCCAGGACCCAAGGUCAUGCCUGUGGGGAGUGAGGAGCAGCCAGGCACCCACCCCAUCCCCUCAGCCACCCCCCCGUGCUGCAGCUUCAGCCAUGGAGAGCACAGAGCUGGAGUCAGACAUCCUGCGCCGCGUCCGCACGCUGCUGCGGGAGCUGGACCGGCAUCACCCUGCCUGCCAGUGCGACCGAGGGAUGCUGCGAUGGACCCUGCAUAAAAAAAUUGACCAGAAUCCCAGUAACAGCCCUGUCCUGGUCAGGAUCCUGGUGAAGGAGCUGGAAAGGGCAGAGCGAGGUGACUUCAGACAUUACAUCAUCCCCUUGCUGCACACUCUGAUGUAUGCUUUGAUAAAGGCUCCCUGCAUCUCAGAUGAGCUCUGUGGCAGGGUGUAUGAUUUCUGUAAGAAGCUGCUCACCCUGCCCAAGCCUUUCUGCACCAUUGGCUUGGACUAUGCCAUCAGGCUGAAGAUGGAGAGGACAGCACCAGGUACAUUGUACCAAAGAAUGGUCAUUUCUGAACAAAGUCUCAAAAGCAACCCGUACCCUUACCAGGAGAAGAUUUUCAUCUUUGCUGAUCCAGAGCUGCUCUCUGAAGCCAUCUGCAAUGCAUUGCUCACUGACACGGAGGCAGCUCAGGUCUCCCAGAGCCCCCGGGCAUCCAUGUGCUACGUGAUUACCCAUGCCAUGCAGGCAGCCCUGAGUGAGGGCUGGGACAUCAGCAGCUUGGAGAGAACCCUUCAGGACAUGCCCACAAGUGAUGUGGAACACUGGUUCCAGCAAGUGGUGGAAGCAGUUGAGUGUGCAGGGGACCAGGUGAAUGCAGACCGUGGGCAGCAUGCAGCCAGGCUGGAGAAGAUUUACCAUGGCAUCCUCAGCUCCUGGCAAGCAGGAGAUGCCCCCUUGGGAGGGCUGCAGGGUACCCCUCUGCCCAACCCCAGCAUCAGCUUUCACCUCUGGACAGAAGAGGACCAGCUCUGGAAGGAGUUGGUGCUGUUCACUCGUCCACUGUCCCAGAGCUGUGAGCCUGAGUGUCUGAGCCAGGACCUGGACAAGUUUGAGAUCCCAGAAAUCAUCUCAGACUGCGAGUGCUGCCAGCGGACCCGUUUCUCUGUGCUCUCCACUGACAGUGGCAUUGAGAGAGACCUUCCCGGGGCAGCAGAGGAGCCCAUUGCCCCUGGCAGCACUGAGACAGAGCAGUCCCGGCUCCAGAGGAAAGGUGGCAUCAAAAAAAAGCCGUCACCGAUGGAAAGCGUGGCCUUCCUGCAGGCUGCCUGUCCUGAGAUGAAAUGCCCAGUGAAGCCACAGAGAAGAUUGGGAAUCCCCCCUGAGCCCCCAGCCCCGUGCCAGAGGCUUCACACUGCCCGCAUCGUGCUGCUGGGGGAUGACCGGAUCCUGGGACGCCUGGCCCGAGCCUACCACUCCCUGAGGAAACGAGAAACACGUCGAGUUUUCCUGACUCCCAGGCUGAACCUGCAGUUCUACUACAUCCCAGUCGUGACAGAGAAGCCAAGCACCUUGGAGGGCCACGCUGCCACCACACCAGAGGAGCUCUGCGAGGUGGCUGGGUACCUGGGCAGAGCUGACCCAUGGUACCAGAGCAACAUCAGCACCCUGUGCCACAUGAUCCCCAAGCUGGCUACCAUGCCUUCCUCUCCGAGCAAACAUCUGGUGACUGAUCUCUUCAUCACUGAUGUCAUUGCCUACUACGUCCGCAUGGGCACCCAACCCGUCAGCUUCCAGGUCUAUGCUGUGAAGAUUUUCUUCAGUGACCCAGCUCAGGAGCCAGCUGAGGAUGUGUUCCUCACAGAGCUGCUCACCCAGGUGCAGGACAAUGUCUCCCACAGAGAGCUAAGCAUGACCAAGAAGAAAAUGACCCCAGAUGGACCUGGCAUAGAUCUCACAGUAACAUACAGAAAGGCUGUGGUGAGCGAGCGGGAGAAGGAGCUGGUGAUGUCCCUGCGCUCCACAGGUCUGGUGAUGAAAGCCAUCCCUGCCAGUGAGGCUGAAGACCCAGUGUGUCUGAACGUCAACAUCACCGAGAUGGUUCGGGUCAACAACUUGUCGGGACGAUCAUUCUCAGCUGUGGCAAACAGGGUGAAAACACGCUGUAUCCAAAUCAGGAGCACAGAGCAGAGGUCCUUCACAGUGUGUCUGGACAAGGACAGCAGAAGAACCUACAGAAACGUGGUCAGUGUGGAAGUGUCUCCUUGCCUCGAGCCCAGCUACUGCUUGCAAAAGACAAGGACAAUGAAAUCCAGCCUGCCCAAAUCAGAAGAUGUGGGUCUUGUGAAAUACAUGCCCAAGUCUCUGCAGUUGCCUAUCAACACAUUUGCAGGCAUCAUCCAAUGAAGAAAAUGAGAAGAAGCUGGGGUGAGAGAUAUGUCAUUGGGGCAUCACAGAGGAGAUGGAGAAAGAAAACACACUAAAAGCUACCAACAGUGAUUGCACAGUGUUGUAAAAAGCUGUAAGAGCAGAGGUGGAGAGGGCUCAGGGAGGACAGGCAUGCCCUGCUGAAUGGCAGCAGCGGCCACAGCUAAGAGCCCUGCCAAGGGGCACAGCAUGGCUGAAGAACUGAGUUUUUAACCUUUUGCCAGUGUCAGGGAAGACCUUUGAGCUUCUCCAUUUCAGGAAGGGUGGAGAAAAUACAGCUGAGGUGCUGGUGCCUGCUGUGCUUGUGGAUCUCAGGGCAAUUGCCCUCAAUAAUAUUUAUUGUGCUGAUGUCCCACAGCCCAGCAGGAUCAGGGGCUGUUGCCCUGGGUUCUGCACAGCAAACUCUUCAUUCUGACACCGGGUGAUGUACUUGGGCAAAUCAGGAAUUACUCCACUGACUGAUUUAGGAAACCUCCUUGGAAACCUAACCACGAUGGGGGGAGCAUGUGUUCUUAACACAGCUUCUGUGGAAGGCAGUAGAAAAUCUGUUGUUGUUUCUAAGGGGCCACACAAAGUAAGGAGGAAUGGUGUUGAACAGAGACCUGGGAAAUCCAGCUCAGUAUUUGGCAAGAACAGGGAAAGAAGAAUUCAGGCUGCCUAGGAGGUGAUGUGGGGAAUGUUGGGCUGGGAAUGGUGUGGAUCUACUUGAAGAAGAAACCUUCUAGUAGGCAGUGGAGGCUGCACAACAUCUCUUUGAUGUUGGAGCUGUAUCUUUGAGUCCACCUGGGAUUUCACUGUGCUUUUUCUGCAUCUGGUAUGGAGCCUUAGGAGCACCAGUUGUGUUCUUCCAGUUGUACAUGCUGGGAACAGCCACCUACAACCCCAGCAGCAGGAGACCUUCUCUGUGAGGGCAACCAGCAACAUCUCUGCAUCCCAGUCUGCCUUGUAGUCCAGGUUUGGUCUGUGCCUGUGGUGUGGGAAAGAGAUGUGGAAGAGUGGAGCAGUGCUCCUGGGAAUGAUGGAUGGACAGGAUGCCUGCAAAACUUCUCUAUUCCUUUCCUCUGCUGCUACCAUAGUGUAGAAGCCCUCCCCUGGUCUGCAGAUCAGCCCUGCACAGCUGCUGCUCCCACUCAGGCUCAGACUGACAGGGUGUCAAGUAUGAUCAUGGAGGAGCACCCUGUCUUCUUUCCAUUUUGUGGUGACUGAAAUAAUGGAAGAAACACAGUGUGUGUUUUUUGAAUUUAGGGACUCCUCCCUAAAUUCACCACAGAGGGAAUUUGGGGGCAUUCCUUCUAUGACACUGUAAUUGUUUUAUUCACUUGGCUGACAUUAUCUGGGUUUCCUUCAGUCAGAGCUGCUUUUUUGGAUCAGUAGCUCAAAGAAAGUGUCCUUUAGCUUUCUGGGUGUGCUCAGCAGCUCUUUCCAGUCAUCUCUGGCUGUCACCAAUGGGGAGUCCCAGAGCCAGCUCUGUGCUACAGCUCAGAAACAAAUCAGGAGAAGCCUGCUCCCACCUGGUGUUUUCUUCUGUGAGCUGCUGCUGCAUGAGGUAACACAAGGUUUAAGGGGUCACCAGCAUCUCUUCACACCUCAGUGUCCCUGGGGCUUCAUUCAGGGGUUCAGGUACCCUGGAACCCAAGGCAAAUGCUUACAAAGCCAAGAGACCAUCAGCUGGGUUAGACUGUGGUCUGCAGUGUCGAGAGUUUACUCUGUACAGUUGUAAAUGAUGUAGAUGGUUUAUAAGUUAUUUGUAUAGGUGUCAGAGAUGAUCUGCAUCAGGAGGUGCAAUCCUUUUAAUGCCAAUUUAAAAAGAAAUAGAAAAAAUCAGCAGAAACGGA